CGAGUUCCCCUGGAAAGCGAUACAUGUUGCCGGCACGAAUGGCAAGGGCUCCGUGUGUGCCUACGCCAACGCCAUGCUGAGGAGCCACCAUGUGCCCUGCGGGCGAUUCACGUCGCCACAUCUCGUCGACAGGUACGCCGUCACGUGAUGGUCACUUUCACUGAAUCAAUUCAAUAUUCCAUGCUCCUUUGAACGCCCCCGUCUGACGAAGCUGGUUGUGCAAUGGGAACAGAUGGGACUGCAUAGUCAUCAACGGUGCCACCGUCCCCGAAGCCCGGUUCAAAAGGGUGGAAAACCACUUCAUCCAGCUCAACCAGCGCGAAAACAUACAGGCCUCGGAAUUCGAGCUCUUGACCGCCACCGCAUUUCAGCUCUUCACAGACUACCGCGUCGAGUACGGUGUCGUCGAAGUCGGCAUGGGCGGAUUGCUGGAUGCCACCAACAUCCUGGAGAACCAGGUCGUCUCCGUCAUCACCAAGAUUGCACACGACCAUCAAACGUUCCUGGGGCGCACCUUGCAAGAAAUCGCACACCACAAAGCGGGCAUCCUGCGACCAAACGUCCCUUACAUCGUCAGCGCCCUCAACGAAGUCCAAGUCCAAGUGGUCAUCGACGAGGUCGCUCAAGAGAUCCGCGCCGGACCCCGUCUAGACGUCAAAAGAGAACUCACCAAGGAACUCCCCACCCGCCUGGAGCUGCGCGACUGGGAGAAAUUCGCCCACAAGCUCCCACUUGCACAACGCGAGGCCAUCGAAAUGGCGUGGAUAGCUGUCCGGCACGCCCUCCUGUCCCAUGGUGUGAGCACGACCCCUUUACUCGGUUUGCUGCAUCGGCUGCGGCCUUUGCAGCUGCCCGGGCGGUAUCAGAAGAUUCCCGUUCCGGCCGUGUUUGGGAGCAGCGACAGGAAGAUCCUCGUCGACGGGGCCCAUAACGAGGAUGCUGCAAAAGCCCUCGCCGUGCAUGUCAACAGGAUGACCAGACACGAAAUCUUCACCUCAGGCACUACGGUCUCGCAUCCUCCCGCCUGCGGCCGUCCCAUUACCUGGGUCAUUGCCAUGUCCUUCUCCACCGAUAAGGAUCCUCGCUCCUUCCUCCGCCACAUUCUGCGCCCGGGCGACCGUCUCGUCCUCACCGCCUUCAACCCCGUGGCCGGCAUGCCCUGGGUCAAGCCCGUCCCACCGGACGACCUGCUCCAAGCAGCCAAAGACGUCAUGGGGGACGAUGUCAUUGCCGUGACUGUUCCCGAGCAAAGCGUCCAUCGCGCGCUCAUGGCCGCGAAGUACCUGUCCAAGGAGGAGAGUGGUGUCGUGUUGACGGGGAGUUUGUACCUUGUCGGGGACUAUUUUCGGGAGGAGAGGAGGUACCAGCGGGGAGACGAGACGUCUUUGGAGUUGAUGGAAAGGAUGGACGAGCAGGAGCGGCAGCGGAUCAAUUAUUGGCUUUCGAGGCUGGGGGCCGAGGAAGGGAGGACGGCGAAGGAGCAGGAGGGCAGGACGGAGGGGGAAGAGGAGGGAAGGGGAGCGAGAGAAGAGAAAUACAGGCAGCUUCUCGAGGAAGUAGCUGAGUUGGAUCGGCAACUGAAGGAGCUGGCGGAGAAGGAGGAGCAGUUGAGAAGGGAGGUCGACCUGGCGGAGGCGGAGGCGGACACGGAGGACCUUAGUCGGCCUCCCCUCGAGAAGGAUACAGAGGAGCGAGGGAGAAGGAAAGAACAGAGCAGACAAAGCAGCGAGCAGCAGGAACUGCGUAGGGGGUCAAAUAACCCCUACACACGCGCCACACAGCGAACGCUAGCGCCCACGACCGUCCAGGUCGAGGAUGGAGAGGGGAGUCGAAGUUUCAAGAUACGAAAGCAUUUUGCAAGUGCGGGCACCAGAAGAAGCUCUCAAGGGAAAGCAGCAUGACCCAGAGAGAUGGAGCAAAGGAAAAGCCAGCGAGUUGCUUGUAAAGAUAGGUUGAUUUCGCAGACAUGUAUUAAAUACGAAUUAGGGUCAGGUCCUUGAGAAUCGAACAGAGAAUCGAACAGACCUGAGUGUUGGAGGAGCGCAAUCGUACGGGCC